AUGGGGAACAAUGGGCCACCUGGCAGAGUCAAGGAGGCAGCCGCUACUCUUCAGUGGUGGCUCAAUGCAUUGUAUUUGAGUUCAAAUCAAUCAGUCUCUCCAUUCCAGAUUGUGAGGCUGCCAAUUGCUUACCAGAAGGACUUCUCCUCAUGCAGCAUCUUUGCACUCAAUGCACUGAUGCACCAUUUCAUUCCAUCCCAAUACUCCCUUGGCACCAGCAAUGAUAUGGUGAUGAUACGCAUCAAGCUUCUUGUGUCAAUCCUUGAUCAUCAUGCUGCACAUGGAACACCUGGCCCUGAAGCGAUCACACCAAUAACAACAGCUGCCCCAGUGGUAGCAACCCCAGUGGCAGCCAUUGGAGCAACAACAAUGCCAGUGAGAGUGACGGUGCCACCAGUGGCAACAAUCCCUGUAGCAAAGGCCAGCCACCAACAAUGUUUACCCAAGUAG